CUCAUGAAUUUUGGAUAGCUUAUUCCCAGAAUCCCAGUGUGAUUGUGUGAACUGUGAAGCCAUACCCGAAAUUCCCAUAACGCAUAUCAGGAAUGGCAACCAUGACACGUGUCCCCAUAGCAGCUCCAACUACGAGCCGCAAAUGUGGUUGGCGGGUGGACUCACUAAAUACGGGAGUCCCACAGGUUUCUUCUCCACUACUUCACUUCAAUUCAGCUGCAGCCCGAAGCAGAAGCGGCCGGCGGUUUAGGAGAUUUUGUGUGGUCGCCAUGGCGGAUGGGAAAAGCACCGUUCUUGUCACCGGAGCUGCUGGUAGAACCGGACAAAUUGUUUACAAAAGGUUGAAGGAGAGGACAGACCAAUAUGUUGCAAGAGGUUUGGUGAGAACUGAAGAGAGCAAGAAAAAAAUCGGUGGUGAAGAUGAUGUUUAUGUAGGUGAUAUCCGGGAUGCUGAGAGCAUAGUUCCUGCAGUACAGGGUAUUGAUGCUCUUAUAAUUCUUACAAGCGCUGUGCCAAAGAUGAAACCUGGUUUCGAUCCAACUUCAGGUCAACGGCCAGAGUUCUACUUUGAAGAUGGGCAAUUCCCCGAACAGGUUGACUGGAUUGGUCAAAAGAAUCAAAUAGAUGCUGCCAAGUCUGCUGGCGUGAAGCAUAUUGUUCUGGUCGGAUCAAUGGGAGGAACGGAUCUUAAAAACCCAUUAAACAGCAUAGGAAACGGAAACAUAUUGGUUUGGAAGAGAAAGGCCGAACAGUAUUUGGCUGAGUCUGGAAUCCCAUAUACCAUUAUAAGAGCCGGGGGUCUGCAAGAUAAAGAUGGUGGUGUUCGUGAACUGCUUGUUGGAAAGGACGAUGAACUUCUCAAGACAGAUACACGAACUAUUGCCAGGCCUGAUGUUGCAGAAGUCUGCAUUCAGGCGCUACAGUUUGAGGAGUCGAAAUUCAAGGCAUUUGAUUUGUCCUCAAAACCGGAGGGCACUGGAACCCCGACCAAGGAUUUCAAGGCUCUUUUCGCCCAAAUCACCACGCGCUUCUAAUUUCCCCAAACGAGAAAGGUAAUCGUUGAGCUGCUGUUAGAAGCUCCUGUUUCAUGUUCUUAUUGAGAUAUCCAUCACAGUUCUGCUUCAUUAUCUUCUGGGCAGUUAUUUGUUAAGCACCCCAUGUACCCUCUUGAUUUCUCUGUUUUUGCUUCAUUAUCUCAUGUUCAUCAACUUAUAUCACUACUUGAAACUGCCAAGAUGAUCCAUAUUUAUUAACUUUUAUUUGUCACUCUGGCACAUGCUAUAGUGGUUUUCUGUUUGAUGUAUUGAGCAAACAACCAUGGGCUUGUAAUAAAUUAAAAGGUGUUA